UCUCAGUUAUCAAACCCUAAGUCAGUAUAGUUUUAAACUUCAAGUCCUCCAAGAUGAACGUUCUUUGGAAAUUUCUUUUCAUAACUCUUUUGCUAUAUGCAACAGUAAAUUUGAGUUACUCGAAAAAACUCUGUGAUAGAAAAGUUAAUUUUUGUAAAAAUUCAAAAUGUAAUUGCCCGGAAGGUUUGAAACCAAAUAAAAAUAAAACAUGUUGUGUGCCAAUUUGUGAGCAUAAAUGCAUCGGUGGAAAAUGUGUUGGUUUGAAUAAAUGUAAAUGUUUACCGGGACAUAUAGCGACAGAAAUUCCUAAUGUUUGUGAACCGUUUUGUUCGAAUUGCACCAAUGGAUAUUGUUAUGGUUAUGAAAAGUGUGCAAAUCGACGUUGGAAUAGUAAAAAUUCUGUGGAACCUAAGACACAGUGUGGAAUGGAUGUUUUUACAACAACUACUAAUAUUUUAGAUGAUAACACUGAAUUGCCAAAAUCAAAUGAUAUUUUAAAGGAAGGUGAACAAUUUGGAAGUCCAAAACUUGUAGAAUCAAAUUCUGCAACAGAAUUACUGUCGAUAUUUCCUGAGAAAAUAAUCAAAAAAAAUAUUGGUGAUUCAUCAAAAAUACCAAGUUCAACUUCACCAACAGAAGUCAAGUCAACAAGCAGUUCUUCAGAAAAUGAUUUCGAACAAACUCAAAAACCAACCGAAAUCACAUCAAAAUUCACUUCGAAAACGACCAAUCCUUCGAGCAGACUUCACAAUUUAGUUGAUGAUAUGAAAGCUUUUUUUGAUGAACUCGAUGCAGAUUUCCUUCGGAGCAAAGAGUUUAUGUCUAAGAAUUAUGCUGUCAGCAGUUCUUCAGAAACUGAACUAAAACAAACUUCAAAAUCAACCGAAAUCACAUCAAAAUUUACUACGAAAAUGCCCAAUUUUUCGAGCAGACUUCAAAAUUUAGAGGAAUUUGAGAUAACUGAUGAAUACCUUGCUGAUUUGUUUGCCGAAUUCGAAACUAAUUUACCAAGAAUUUUGGAAGAAGAAACUAUUUCUAAAAAUUCAGCUGUCAUUGGGAAAAUUCUAGAACCUUCAACAACUAUCACAGUGCAUUCGGCAACCGAGCAACCUUUAAGCCGAAUUUUCAACAAAUUGCAAGAAACUGAAGUUGAUGAAAUUAUGUCAACAAUUUCUGAUGAAAGCGAGACAAUUUCACCAAUGCAUGAAGAAUCCAUUUCGAAUUCUCCAACUGUCAUCGAUGGAAGAAUUUUUGACAAGCAACUGAAGGAUGGUGAAGUGACAUCUAUGACGGAAAGUGAGAAAUCUUUUUCGUAUGAAGUGAAAAUGCCUGGAAUUGAUGACAUUAUAACACCCACUUUUUCUGAAAACGAGGUUAAUUUAAUUUUGUUAGAAGAAACAAAUUCUAACUCUCCCGCUGUUGUUGGAGUAGUUCUUGAAGAAUUGGCACCCAAUAUUCAACUAUUAAAGGAAGAAUCAACAAUUUCACCUCAGCUAGAAGAAAAAACUUCUAAUUCUCCUUCUUCUUUCUUUGGAAAAGUUGGUAACAAACUAAAAAUGACAGAAGAAGUUGAAGGAAGCAAACUUUUAGUUGAACCUUCGAAUCAUAAAUCUUCUGCUGAAGAAUUCCGAUUGGCUGCAGUACCUUUGGGAGUUGGUAUUCUAAUUGGAAUAGUUGUUCUUGGAUUAUUGUUUCGAAAUCAUUAUCGUAAUCAAGGGUCUUAUAAUGUCUUACAAAACUGAUUUGAAUAUUUUUUUGAUCAUUUUGAAGAUGAACAGAAAAAGCGUUUUUUUUUUGUGGUUAAGAUUAAUUAAAUUGUAAGAAAGUAAUCAAGAUAUAAAGUUAAGUUUUUUUUAUUUUACUUUUAAUAAAGAUGAAGCAUUCAAUAUUUUUAAA